AAAAGAAAAAAAAAAAAAAAAAAAUGGCGAAACUUGGACCGCCGUUCCGGCAUGAAAAUGUCACCCAGCACGGAUUUAUCGUUGUUUUUUUGAGCAUUAAGUCCUAAAAUUCAGUUCCGGGAUACACUCAAAGAAGCCGGCUGUCUUUUUUUUUUUUUUUUUUUUUUUAAAUCUUGUAGGUUGAGCUGGUCAGAGGGAUAUGGUUGUGGAUAUGCUGACGUCUCUCCAAGAGCAAAUCCCUCCGCGUGUAGCUCCGACGGAGGAAGACUGCCGGAAUUCCCCCACCGCCCUUCGUCUCGACUGCCGCAGUGACCACUGUCAUCCUCCGGCUGUCCCUCGCGCUUCCGUUUUUGACCGCGCCGAUGAGCCGGGAAGUUCCGCAGCGAGCAGAAGUUCGAAGGCGGUCAGGAUGAACCUCAGUGAUGGUGCCAACUGUUCAGAACAGCAGCGAAUGAGCUCGUCAGAAAGAGACAGCAUGGAAAGCCAUGAAGACAGAGACGAGAGUCGACACAGACAGCCCGAAGAUAAAACCACAAGGUCCUGUAAACGCAAGUUGGACUUGGCGUCGUUAUCUUUAGGGUCACGUGACGUGACUAAAGCCCAGGAUUCCGAGAAAAAAGAUCCCGAAAGCCCCCCACCAGCAAAGAGAUGGGUGAUCGGCCCUCUUUUCCAGUCAUUCAAAUCCAAGAUGGCGAGCUUCACGGAGAUCGUCAUGAGUCCCGUGCGGCUUUUCAAACCCAUCGAGCUUCCGGCUGGGUCGAACGGCGAAGCUCCGCCUGUGACUCACGAGAGCCGGGAGGAUGUAGACGACGCGGUUUCGAUAAAAGAGGGGAAGGUUACUCCCUUGACAAAACUGAAAAUCAUCCAGAGACUGAGUUUCGACACCAGUUCGAGCGAUUCCGAGCAGAACAAAGUGACUGUUUCGCAGAACGGAUCAGAACAUCAACAAGACUCGAUCCCAGAGGACGAUCGGUUUACGGAAGCGGUCAGGGCUACAAAUGUUCCCCGGAGCAGCAGGGAAGAAAAACAGAACUCCGAAUCGUUAAAUCCACUCCAACGCACAGAUCUGGCGGACGGUACGGGCUCCGUCAGGACGAGCCUAAUGAAAGGUUCUGGAUCUGGGAAAGCAGUGCAGGAAUUAAUCGUUUUGUGUGAACGAAAGACAAUGGAUGAGUUAAUAAAGCAAACAGGACAGGCAGAUGAGAGUACAAGCCAGGAUCAGCCCAAAAAGUUGAGGCGUCCAACUCCGGCUAUCAGAAAGAGUAAGAAAGGCAGAGCGGGAAUGGCGAAAAGCGUGGAAAAAGAAGGCGCAAUUGGGACAGACCAAGAGGAAGAAUCUCCGACGGUGAUGCAGACCAAGAUUUUGGAGAACCUGAAGCUGGUUCAGACUGGUAAACGGAGAAAAGUUCAGGUCUCGGACGAGCGCCUUAGCACGUGCAAUACUGGAGAUGUUCAAAUGCCAGGCCUAAACUCCUGUGAUUCCUCGGCGAGAGAGAUGCGAGCAUCCAGAAGUAAAAGGGAAAAAGACGUGAGAUGUACAUUGGUAGCCUUGGAUACCACCAAAAGUGCCUCGAUUGAUCUCGUCAGCACGAAUGCGACAAACGAUUCCACACCACCAGAAGGUCCUCCGUCGACGUGGGCUAGUUCCCGAACGACGAGACGGUGUAAGAACGACAAAGAGAGGAAAUCCGUCAUCAUGGAAGAUCCGGCAGAGCGUUUCAGGUCCAGAAACGGAUCUUCAGAUUUAAAACCGGUGCGUAGGAACGAUAUCCGUCAAGCCAAGCGCAAACCUGAGACGUCCGCAACGCCGGCAGCUAAAAAGCCAGAAGUUAGCAGAAAGCGCUCAAGUACACGAAGAGUUAAAAGAGCCGUGGAUGCGUUUGAAGAUCAGGGGAUGUCCAUGUCUCUGACGCUGAAGGUCGGGUCAGGAGUGGACGUAGAAAAGGAAGCGAACUCUAUCGUGACUUGUGGAAUAACGACGAAGGGCAGGAAAACGGGAGAAGACAUUGGAGACGACUCGAAGCCAGGACCGACGUCGGGCUCGACUCGGCUCAAGCGCAGCCUGUCCUGCCCCGACAUCACCUCGCUGCAGCACGGUAACGACGCCCCUUCAGCUCCAGUCAGUGACGAAACGCUCUGCUGUCCUCCUUCUCCCCUGAAAAAGGCGCCUGAUUUAAACGUGAACGUACCCUCUCCGUUCAAGCGUGCUCGCCGACACACCGUGUGCAGCGUCGAAAUCGAGCGCGAGAUCGCCCCCUUGUGCCUCCGCAAGGAAGUUUAUCCAAAAUGGGGCAGUGCUUCCAGUCCUCCGUACACACACACUCCGUCCAAAUCCUUCGCGUCCCUCGUCUCCUGUUUUUUAUCGAGCCCCUUAGCGUUCCUUUCCAAGAAAUCGAGCGGAGGACACGGCGACGACAGCGGAUACGGAGCCAGCAGCAGUGACCUCGGCUGCAUCGCGUCUUCUUCGCCGCCUUCGCUCAGCGCGACUAGCGGCUCCGCGUUCUAUGCCGGUGCGCCUCGCACACCUGAGCGGACCUCCGUGUCCUUACACUGCAGUGCAUUCGUCGCUGUAUCGAUGGAGGUGGAUGAAGGCGCGGGUCGGGAGGAAAACGAGGAAAACGAACAGCCCUCCGCCGUGUCCGAAGAGAAAGCUUUGUCCGACUCUGAGAUUAAGACCGACAACAAGCAAGUGGAACGCAGAAAAGUGUCCUCGAUCCGCAUCCGCAAAACUCUCCCCAAACCGCAGUACAAUCUGACUCCGAUGGGUCUCCCCAAAGCCGUCAGGAUAAAGAAGAAAGUCUUUAGCGUGGAGGAAAUCUACACAAACAAGAACUUCAGCAAACCUCCUGAAGGACGCUUAGAGACAAUAUUUGAAGUCCCUCUUAGCCGGCGAGACGGUUCCCAGUCCCUGAUGGGUUCGAAACGGGCGAAGCGCUUUGUCAAGUUUCCCGAACUGGGCGUGACCAGGAAGCCAAGGAGGCCUCUCGUUGGUGGAGCAGGAGGGGGCGGAGCUCAGAGGAAAGCAGCAGGGAAUUCCGGCACGGGACGAACCCGCAGAGGCAGGGAAGAAGAAGCGCUUCAUCUGCAGGACUCUGAUUCGCUCCUGUGCUCGAAACUGAACGAACUGGACGAGUGGAUGGAGACGGAGCACAUGGUUUACUGAAACCUUCAGUCUGGCUUGUUUUUCUUUCCAUAGCGUACACGUGCAGAAAUGUACGGGGGUUUUUUUCCCCCCUUUGUAUUCGUGUACAGACAGACGCUUGUACAGCGUGCGCUUUAUAAAGUUUCACUUCACUUCCAA